CACGGAAAGGUAAUUGCAAUCAUCCUCCUUAGUCUGUGACUAGGCGUAGCGCAGAAGGCGCGUGCAGACGUUCGAACGAGGCGAGUUUAGCUUUCAGACCCUGACGGGUUUCGCCCGGACCCGGGGGUUCGCCGACUUUCUUCGCCAGAGACAGCAGUGGUGCAGUUCGGGGUGGUUUCGUUCGUCAGUCAACAACAACAACAGCCUGGAGUGGCGAGCGCGCGGUGUAUGUGGCUGCGACGAAGUGUGCAGUGGUCCGCCACCACAGACGUGUGUCCGUGUGGAGUACUUCGCCCCAUCGCCUCGCCAUGAACAGACCGGCUGGAACUUCCAGUCGAAUUUUAGUGGACAUUCCGUGUAAAGUGUGUCAGGACCACUCCUCUGGCAAACAUUAUGGCAUCUACGCAUGUGAUGGGUGUGCAGGCUUCUUCAAGCGCUCAAUCCGCCGCAACCGACAGUACAUCUGCAAGUCACGUGGGCAGGGAGGAUGCCCAGUGGACAAGACCCACAGAAAUCAGUGCCGUGCCUGCCGCUUGAAGAAAUGUCUGGAAGCUGGAAUGAACAAAGAUGCUGUGCAGCACGAGAGGGGACCUAGGAACUCCACCAUCCGCCGCCAGGUGGCGAUGUACCUGAAGGAGACCAGCGAGUUCGGCUCGGUGCUGGCCCCUCACCCCUUCCGGCCGCACUUCCUGCCCGCCUACAUGAACUACGACCACCUCAACGACGGCAUCACCGUCUCCGCCAUGGAGACCACCACGACCCCCGUGGCGGUGGCUGCAGCAGCGGCAGCGGCGGCGGCGGUGACGGCCACGGGGUCCAACGGCAUCAUCAUGCAGCCCCUCCCCAAGUAUCCGCACGAGGUCAUGCAGGCGUACUGCGGUAACCCGGAAGCCAUCUGCGAGGCGGCGGCUCGCCUGCUGUUCAUGAGUGUCAAGUGGGCCAAGACUGUCCCCGCCUUCGUGGCCCUGCCCUUCGCCGACCAGGUGGUGCUGCUGGAGGAGAGCUGGCGGGAGCUGUUCGUGCUGGGAGCCGCGCAGUUCCAGAUCCCCAUCGACGCCGGACCUUUGCUGGCCGCAGCAGGGCUGAGCACUGAGCAGAGCGGGGCUGACAAGGUGGUCAGUGUCAUGAGCGAAGUCCGAGCUCUACAGGAAACCAUCGCCAAGUUCAAAGCUCUGCACGUGGACCCCACAGAGUACGCAUGUCUGAAGGGAAUCGUUAUCUUUAAAACAGCAGUUUUCGCCAACAGUUCGCCAGAAAUGAGAACUCUGCGCGAGUUUCACUCAGUCGCCACCCUGCAGGACCAGGCGCAGCUGACUUUGAGCCAAUACAUCCGGUCCGCCUACCCGACUCAGCCCUUCCGCUUCGGCAAGCUGCUGCUCUUGUUACCCACCCUGUCCGCCAUCUCGGGUGGGACCAUUGAAGAGCUGUUCUUCCGGAAGACCAUCGGAAACAUUCCCAUUGAAAGACUUCUCGUGGACAUGUACAAAUCAAGCGACUUCUAGAGAAAGUCCAGGGAGAACGAUAAGAGUCCUCGGGGUGGUGAAGAAAAGUAGGGAGCGAUGUACAUUGAUAAGACAUUUCAAGAAUUUUAAAGAGUAAAAAAUUCCUUUGUUAGAAAUACUGGCAAGGAAUACAUGGACUCAUGCAAAAAGGUUUCUAUUUGUAGCAUGUGCGAUGUCUAUGAUCCCGGUCAGCCAGGAAGGACCAGACCUUGUGUGGACAGUUCUAAAGGUUCAGGGACGAGGUCUUCUGACAAGACCUGUGCACUUUAUGGUUCAAAGAUUUCUCCAAAACCGGAAAUUCUCCAGUGACAUCUUUUGCAGCAACCUUCCAAGAAGCUUGUGGGACAUUGUCAAGAACCUACCAGUCACUUCAAACCUAGCUUUAUAUAUACAAUUUUCAAUGUUUAAAUGUCAAGUAUACACGAAACUGCUUUGCAUGCUGAAAACAAACUGUUCACAACUUCAGGUAUUCCGAAAAGGAAAUAUUCAGUCAGGGAUACGGCCAUGAUGGUUAUUGCGAAUUUCAUUGGUGUUUUGUCUGUGUGGACACGUGCUGUUUAUCAGCCAAUACCUUCGCACUGCCUUUCCGGCGCCAAAACCUCGGCGACUGUCUCAUCACUGCAGGAGUUGUCUUCUCGUCGGUUCCAGCACCUGCAGCGCCACCAGUAGUACCACUUAGUGCAAACGUUGGCCAGCUUGCUUGUAAAGAAAGGAUCAUAAUGUGAUUAAUAAUUUAUGUCAUUUGUGAUGUCUGCUGUGUCGUUGUCACAGAAAUUGUUUGUUUGUUUGUCACAAGCAUCACGUGAUUGGCUCUUCAAGCACCGAGGUUAGAACUAGUCUCUAAAGCAUUCUUUCCCCGUCUGACCAAACUAAACAGGGUUGGCAGGACCAUGUAAUCUCAGACUGUGGACACUAUUCACUAUUCGGGAGACAACCCAGGAAGCUCCGAUCUGCACACACCGUUUUGUCGCCAGGUGGCGUUCCAGUCUUCGCUUCAUUCCAAAGACUUGCAGUGCUUGUCAGUCGUAGACUUGUGUUUGUGUGGGUUUUUUUCUUACAUGACAACCAGUGACAGGAAGAGAAUGUUUGUGGAGGACGGUGGUGUUCGCAGGCGAGGGUCUUCUCAGCUGCAGGACGUAACAGAGUGAGUGUCAACGUUGUGGCAACGUACAUAGCACGUACUCCUUUCACGUCUGCUGGAUAACAGCAGUGGUUUUUAUACAAUCAUAGAUAUAUUGAAGUAAGACAUUGUUUCAUGAUAUUUCCAGGAAGAUAAAAAUGCAUACGUCGUAUGCAUACAGUAAGAAGUAGGAGUAUGCAAGCCUGAGAAAGAGAGAGAGAAAAAAAAAACCCCAGAGAAAAUGUGUGUGUGUGUGUGUGAGCGUGCGCGUCUAUUGCGCAUGCUCUCAGUUUGUGCAUUCCAUAUAUAACUAUUUGAUGUGCUGCCACCUGUGCUGUCUAUCAUUAGCAUCAUUCCACUUACAUUCAGCUUCUGCCGGUAGAAGAGACAUUUUUGUGUUUUCAGUGGUGACAGUGUGGGUCAUGUACACUCUACAAACGUGUCGUCGUGGUUGUAAGAGACAGAGAAAGUCUAGUGGAGGUUUUGAUACACCUUCUGCUCGCUGAAUAAUCUAAAAAAAAUAACAAGACAAAUUUUUGUUAUCUCAAAAUAUCAGAUCGCUUCUCUAUAAUCUAUUGAAAAAAAAAA